UCUCAAACAACGUGCCGGUGCGCCCGUGCAUUGGGUGCCUGGCACCUGGGUCCCUCACGACGUACGGAGUCCCUACAGGAGUUAGAGCUGACGAGAUCUACCGAGUGCUGUAACCAGCUGUCUCAAUCAUCAUACUCCUGAUCAUCCAAACUCAUCUCCUUACUUCCAUCGUUGUAUUCAUUCGCUUUUUCCUCUCUCGCUCCAUUGAAUCUUCAUCGUCCACUGUCCGAAAUACUCGCCAGGUUCAAGUUGCAUCCACCACACGAGUCUAUACCAACCAGCUGCUACCGCCUUGGCUCGCCAGCUUCGCCCGCUCCAGACGCCCCUUGGACCAAUCCUCGUCUGCCACUUCCCCCCCUCCUGAGUUUCAGCCGCACCCAGUCACCCCAACUGACAGAACUCUUGCGCUCUUUGAUCCAAACCCGAACCCGAACCCUCGAGGCCCAUCUCUUGACCCUCUCUGCCGCCUUCAAAGUCUUUUGCAGUCCCAUACCUGUGUGUCACUGCCAGCCUUCUCGAUCGACGCCGAAACGUCGCUGAGCCGGACCACGACUGAAAAGUUGUGGUAGCCCAGAUCAAUCAAAAAGGGAUUCCACACCAGCUGCGCUGCAAGCCGUCAAAAUUCGCGCUCACGAGUCUCGCGCUUCCCUCCUCGGAGGUCAGCCUGACAACUAUCACCCUUUGCCCGGGGGGUAUCACCAUCGCGAGGGUUAUGCGAUGAACGACUUUGACAAGAGAAGAUCAAGAUCAAUCAUGUAUCGGCCAAAUUCAAAAUGGACAUGGGCCUUCUCCCUCAUUGCCCUGAUCCAGGCAAUGAUUAUUCUCGGUUUUGAGAGUUAUGUCUUCGCCCAUUUCCAGAUUCACCUCGAACGGAUCUCCGGCAACCAGACCUCAUCUCGCACGAUUCCCACUUUCUUGACCUUGUAUAUUUUCGGAUUUCUAUACCAACUAGUCCUCGUCUGGGACGCUCUGCGAAUGAAAAAUACCAUCCAAGUCAUUGGCCUGGUCAUGUACAAUGUCGGCCUGCUCAUCUAUGGCUCCGUCCAGAUGGAUCAGAUCAGGGAUGCGAUUUUGCAGCUGGCCGAAGAUGACUACAUCCGCAAGAACGUUUGGUCAGAUACCGAACCAUUUCUGAUCGCCAUUCCCUGCAUUUUGGCGGUCGGGACAGUCCUCUUGGCCGGCUGCGCCUGGAAACUGUACGACGAAUUCGCCUGGACAAUCUACAAACGUAUCUCGGCCGAUUUGAGGAUGAAACGACGCUAUCUCCAGUACCAGGUCUACAUUGCUUUGCUGAAGUUCGACUUCUUCUUCUUCCUCGGAUUUACUGUCCAAUUCGUGGUCAUUGUCACCCAGCGACAAAUCGAGUUUGCCCUCACUAUUGCAGCUAUGCCUGUCACCAUUUUUAUUCUUCUAGCAGCGGCAUGGUUCGUCCGGAAAGAGUCUCUGCUCGGCACGAUUGUUGUUAUUAUACUUUACUUUGGCGGGCUCGCCUAUUUCAUUUUUAAGAUGGUCCGCAUGUACUCGCCUGGCUGGGAGAUCCCUUAUCUUCCAGCUCGAAAGGAACUGACCACCUUCGCUGUCUUGACAAUCAUCCUGAUCCUUGUCACCAUUGUGUACGCCUGCAUUUGUGCACACAACUACAACAAGGGACUAAAACCCUAUGUCAACAAACCACAGAACAUCGAGGACGACGAGAAGCCCAUGAGUGGCAGCGCUUAUGCUCCAUUCGCCACUGAGAUGGAACCAUCUGGCAGUGGAAAACUCCCCGCGCCAAGGCCUGUUGCCAACCGGAUGGAAAUUGAUUAAAUGAGAUGCCAAAAGCAGUAUCUGUUCUUUUGUUGAGGAUACCAUGUAGCGGGCGUUUUCAAUGGAUGGCUCGGGACUAUCUUUCGACCAUGUGCUCGAACUUUUUUUCCCUCUCUUUUUAUCUCAUGAGGAGUUGCAGCCCGGCAUUGGCUGAAUGAAGGAUAUACCUUGGAAACCAGGCACGAAUCGGAUAUGGGUAUGUGAAUGUACUGUAAAUGCGCCAGUGGGACAGGGGCAGGUGAAGGUGGGAGGCGGUUUUGUUGCGGUCUCUACAAUGAGUACAUGUACCGCCUUUGGUUGGCCAUGUUGUAUACGGAGUCCACCCAGGCGAAUCCAGUACCCUGCUCCACCGCGCUGUAUACCCAAAUAACGUACCAGAAUAACGUUUUCCUUUCGAUUGGGGCAGGUCUUCUGGGGGCGGUGCUUGUUGUAGUCAUUUCCUGGCGCGGAGAACGAGCCUCGAUGUUUGGUAUCUAUAGUUUCUCCUCGAUUACUACUUGCAC